CGCGAGUUGAACUUGCUGGCGGCUCACCUGUUUGUCUGCAAUUAGCGCGCUGCGAGCUGGUUUAUGUUUUGAUGUCUUUUCCUCGGUGUUUCCUGGGUCUUUUCCACCAACAUUCUCUUUGCGGCAUUUGGUCGCCGUGACGACUGAGCUCCAGGACCGCGUGGAGGCGACACAUCUGGAAGCGGCUCACAUAAAUGCUGAGAAAUGAGAUCAAGUGGCGAGAAGCUAGCAGGCUACUUCCUGGUUCAAAGAUGGGACUCAAGCAUGUGGAGCAAGAAGACUUUCUGUCCCUGCGGAAGAGACAGGAUUCUUUAUAAAAGAUGCACGUUAGCUUCCUGAGCGAGCGGGACGUCAAAUAGGUGACUGAUGGCUCGGUCAGCAGCAAGGGCAGACGUCGGCCUCCAACGUUACGCCUUUAAAAGACGUCUUCAGAGGUCCCUCAGGGUCUCGCUGACUCCUUUUUUCCUACAUCAACCCAUCUCAAAGGUCUGAGUUGAGUCCCGGGGGCAGACGCCCAAGAAGGGUGCAGGGCGGCUAAAGUGCUGACGCCGCUCCAUUAAGUUGAAAAGCUGCACGACUGCCACCUACAGGACUUGGGACUAGGAUGCUCUUCAGUCGUGCUAUGGUGAGCAUUAUUUCUUUGCAUAAUAAUUCCUUGGACUGAAGGCUCGCUUCAGUUUUAGUGGGCCGGCCCUGAUGUCAGCCGGCUGGUUGGCUGCUGGACCAGCGGACAGUGCAGCAGCAGGACACACACACACACACACACACACACACACCAUGUCUGCACGCUUCACUAUUAAUACUGCAGCCACGCACUGCUCUCUCUCUGCAUGAACUGGACGCUGGAGGACAAAGGCGGAUUAAACGCCCAAAUUUAACAUACCCCCUCCUCGUCCUUUUCCUCUGGGAUGGAUUGAUGAGGAGCGAUAAAGCACGCGCCAGAGAAGGAAAGUGGGGGGACUGCAGUACAAGCAGGGUCUGGAUGAAUAACCAUGGCAACAGCAGCAGCAGCAGCAGCAGUGGCGGCGACAGUGCAAGCGGACAUAUAAACAUUGCACAGGAGCACAUCCAUCUGCAUCUACUCACUGGAUCAUCUCACUUCCUGGAUCACUGCUAAGGGAGGUGAUGAGUCGGACCACAUCAUGUCUGAAGUACAGGGCACGCUGGAGUUUUCCGUAGAGUUGCACAAGUUUCACAAUGUGGAUCUUUUCCAAAGAGGGUUCUACCAGGUGCGAACAGGAUUAAAGGUCUCCCCCCGGGUGCCCCACAGGGUGAUAGUGACCACUCAAGAUAAUGCAGGAGGCGGAUGCAGCUUCAGCUCCCCGGGCGUUUACGACGGCACGGCGUUCAGCCGGAUAUUUCAGAUCCUCUACAGAAACGAGGACAUCACGGUGAACGACUGCGUGGUCUUCAAAGUGCACCUGCUAUUGGACGGAGACAGGGUAGAGGAGGCCCUCAGCGAGGUGGACUUUCAGUUGAAGCUGGAUCUUCACUUCACUGACAACGAGCAACAGCUGGCAGACAUGGUGGCCGUCCCGUUGAUCAGCAGUCGCACCCUCAACCUCCACUUCCACCCGCAGCGAGGCCUGCACCAUCAUGUUCCUGUCAUGUUUGACUACUUCCACCUGUCCGUCGUUUCCGUUUCCAUCCACGCCUCACUGGUUGCCUUACAUCAGCCGCUAAUCAGCUUUGCUCGCACAGGAAAGGGGUCCUGGCUGGGAAAAGGGUCAGCAGAGAGCACCAAUGAUCCAUCUGCAGUCUCAGUGGAGAACCUUGUGUUUGGAGCAGGGUACUGCAAGCCCAUCAUCUCGGAGGGGAGUUUUUAUGUGCCCAGCGAGGACUGCCUGCAGAGAGCUCACGUGUGGCAUCGAAGGCUCUGCCGCCUCCUGCUGGCCGCCCGUGGUGCUGUGAGAAGAUACUACACUGCUCUGAUGAAGGAGGUCCCUCAGCUGGAGCACAUGUCAGACGACACAGAAGUCCUGCCUAUUGAAGAAACCCUCAAUCAACUCACAAUCGAGUUACAGCUGCAGGACAGCCCAGAGAAGGUGGCGGAGCAGAUCAGCAGAGAUGUUGCCCACCUGUGUUCACAGUUGGCCGUUUUCUGGAGUUUCUUCCUGGAGAAAGUUGUGUUCAAUCCUCACAUCCUCUCUUAUUUGGCCCAGGAACAUCACACACUCAGGGUGAGGAGAUUUUCUGAGGCGUAUUUCUUCACCGCACAUCCCAAAGAAACGUCUCUAACCUUCCAAGAGGAGCUCAUCAGCAGACAAGGUGAAGUAGCAGCAGAAGUGCGAGGCUCCGACUACCUGGCCAAGUUGCCUCCUCUGCCUGUGGAGUGUUUGGACAUCGAUGGCGACUGCGGCAGCCUGCCCAUCAUCUUUGAGGACCGAUACGUGGACUCUACUCAAGCAGCAGAAGUCGUCGUGGCGACGUGCGAGGACCAGACUCUGUGGGAUCCUGCAGCCAUGAGGAGUCCGGAGAGGGAGAGAGAGGCGUGUCCUGAAGACGACUGCAUGGACCUGACCACUUACGUGUCGCUCAUGGCCCAGCAGAGCGCAGCUUGUCAGGAAGUGUCAGUCACAGACUCAGAGGACAGCUGUGGUCCUCAGGCUCUCAGACAUUCUUGCAGAAGUGGAGACAAGAAGAAGAUGGCUGACCAGGAGGUGAGCAUCAGCCUAAGGAGCGAGGACGAGGAGUCUUUGGUGUUGAACCACGACAGUGAGGCAGGAAGUGUUCCUCUGGUCUGUCACCUUUCAGUCCUAUCUUCCUCCCCCGGUGCUCUCAGGAAGGAGCGAGGAGGUUCUGUCCUCUCCAAGAUAAUCAAGCGCUCCUCCUCGCUCAUAUCGGACUCGGGCAUCGAGAGCGAGCCCAGCUCGGUGGCCCUGCCAGCUCGUGAGCGGGAGAUCCCCAGACACAAAGUCCUUCGGCGGCCGGUCCACCGUAGCUCCUUGGAAGGCCUGCAGCUGGACGGCAACAUCCAAGCGUCUUUGACGUCCAUCAGCUCGCUGCCUUACGAGGACGAGCGGGGUCAAGGCGGCAAGCUGACCAAGUCCAUGUCGGCGCCGCAGAUCAGCAGCCCGGACGACGAGGACCGGGAUGUCCAAGUUCUACAACAACCGGAAGACUUCUCUUUGCACUCGGACAAAUCUCCGUCAUCCAGUUCAAUGACAAACUGGGGCAGUCGUCAAGGCAACAAAGACAGUCGGGGGUCCACGGAGGACCUCCGUCUUCCUCCUGAUGACGACCUCGGCGUCUCGGUGGAGCAGAUCCGUCUCAGCGCCGGCAAGGAAAAUGUCCUUCAGAGAACACAACAAGGCCGCAGCAACAACUCCGGCCUGGCCUUCGUCAACAAGAAGAUGGUGGAGGUGGUCAACAUGUCCUGCGCCCCAACAUGUCUGCCCUUCUCCUCCGCCCUCAGAGACUCGCCCUCCAUCAGCGGCCUGUCCACUCGCCACACCGCCUCGCCCAUUACCCAUCAGCCACUGGGCUCCUUUGGCAUCGUCUCAACCUUCGCGAGCCACCUGGGAAUGGACGACGGAAGCAACGAACGCAUGAUCAGUUUCUCCAAGGCCAAAGAGGCUCAGUUUGAAGGCAUGAAGGACUUUGCAGGCACUUUCUACUGCGACCUUCCUGUGCUGGCCUCACAACUUCCUUACUUCCCUCCUGAGGAGGAAGACGAGGAGUUUGAUGAUGGAAUUCACUUGGUGGUGUGUGUGCACGGCCUGGAUGGAAACAGUGCAGACCUUCGCCUGGUCAAGACCUUUAUCGAGUUAGGUCUGCCAGGAUCCAGGCUGGACUUCCUCAUGUCGGAAAGAAACCAGGUGGACACCUUUGCGGACUUUGACGCCAUGACGGACAGAUUGUUGGACGAGAUCAUCCAACACAUCCAGUUGUACAACCUCACCAUAGGAAGGAUCAGCUUCAUCGGUCACUCUCUGGGGAACAUCAUCAUCCGCUCAGUGCUGACCAGACCUCGCUUUAGAUGUUACCUGUCCAGACUGCACACCUUCCUCUCGCUGUCUGGUCCUCACCUGGGAACACUUUACAACAACAGCACCUUAGUCAGCACAGGUCUGUGGUUGAUGCAGAAGCUGAAGAAGUCAGGAUCUUUGCUCCAACUUACCUUCAGAGACCAGGUGGAUCCUCGUCACACCUUCCUGUAUCUGCUCAGCCAGAAACCAGGUCUGCAGUUCUUCAAGAACGUGGUUCUGGUGUCCUCCCCGCAGGAUCGCUAUGUUCCUUUCCACUCUGCCAGGAUAGAAAUGUGCAGAAGUGCCCUGAGAGACAAAACUACAGGUCCCGUGUACACGGAGAUGAUCAACAACCUCCUGCAGCCUCUCCUGGAGGUCAAAGGUUGUCGUCUGAUUCGCCACAACGUCUUUCACGCGCUGCCAAACACGGCCAACACUUUGAUCGGCCGUGCAGCUCACAUUGCUGUUCUGGACUCUGAACUCUUCCUGGAGAAGUUCUUCCUGGUGGCCGGACUGGACUACUUUAAAUAAUAUUCAU